UUUGAAAUAUUUUUUCCAGGAAGUAAUCAGUGUAUACGAAUCAGAUCGUGGGAUUCACUGGACUGGCAUAUUGUAGAUUACUACAACUUCAAAUGAGGCUAAUGUCUGUGUUGUACAAGGGGAUCAUACUACAAUUCAUCUGGUUUUCAAAUUAGUGGGCGAGAGUGGAAAAGUAUAAUCAUCUCAUUAGGGACAUUUACACACAACAUUCAGACAAUCUCCAUGCGCAACAGCUCAAAACAGCAACAGAGAUGCCAGAAUAAAACUUGUAUCAAUGUUCCCAAAUAAUGAGAAAGAUAUUAGUGGGAGUCUGUUUGUUUAGAGAGUAAAAAGGCAAUAAAUUGUUCCUGGACCCUGACGAAAAACCACAACACAUAAUUUUCCUUGCAGGGUAGUUGUGCUCUGCAUAAUAAGGGGGAAAAAAUCACUAUUCCACUAUCAAUUCAAGAAUGCCUAAUAUAUGGUGCAGUGUGGUAACUUUGUAGUUUAGUUAUUGUUAUUUAUCUAAAAUAAUCUAACUGCUGUAUUUCUACAGAGACUUAUUGUGUCUGUGAACAGGGGAAUUCAUUCGGAAAAUAAAACCCUUUCGGCCAGUUGUCAGGCGCUGAACUGGACCGUCGCUGAAAUGUUGGAGCGGCCCCAGAGCCCAAGGCUACACACACAGAAGCUUAGCUGAUGGUCCUCAGUCUAUCUCAGCCCGGUGUACAGGACCUUAUUCCGCGGCGAAAUGCCACCCAAAGAGCUACAGCUGACUGGACUUCAAGCACCGGCUGCUGCCAAAUGAAGUUCUAGGAUGGAAAUGUUGCAGAGGAAGGGAAACCUGAGGAGAGGAGUGGGGCUCUGCCUUCUGCUGUUGGCUCUCGUACACGAGGCCACAGGCCAGAGAAGAAAAUCAGGACGCAGGAACAACUACAGGCUGCAUGAUGAUGGAGGAAAUGCUAUGGCAUGUUCACUGGAGGUGGCCUUCAUCCUGGACAGCUCGGAAAGCGCAAAAAUAUUCCUGUUUGAGAAGCAGAAGGCCUUCGUGUUGAGCUUCAGCACCCGCCUGUCCAUGCUGCAGGUAACCGGCUGGACGCUGAAGGUGCGAAUGGCUGCGAUUCAGUACAGCAGCUCCGUGGCCGUAGAGCACAGAUUCACAACCUGGAAAGACCUGGAUUCAUUCCACAGUCGAGUCAGCACCAUGAACUACAUCGGCCACGGCACCUACACAACCUACGCCAUCUCCAACGCCUCACAGCUGAUGGUGCAGGAGACGCCGGCAGACAGCGUCAGGGUUGCAGUGCUGAUGACCGACGGGGUCGAUCAUCCCCGCAACCCUGAUGUGAUUGCAGCUGCAGCGGAGGCCAAAGGUCAUGGCAUAAAGUUCUUUGCUGUAGGGUUAUCAGAUAUCGCCCAGCAGAAUAACGCCAAGCUCCGGGCCAUCGCUAGCACACCUGCUCAGCAGUUUGUUCAAAGUCUUCUUGACCCUCAGCUGGAAGAGAAGCUGCUCAAAGAGAUGGGUGCAGUUGCAUUUGAAGGGUGUCCACAAGCUCAAGUGUGUUUGUGUGAAAGAGGAGAUAGAGGCCCUCCAGGAAGUACAGGUAGAAAAGGGGAGCCAGGUUUCAGAGGGUCACCUGGUUCAAAAGGAGCGAGGGGGGAGUCUGGUGUGAAUGGUCGACCUGGAAAUGAUGGUCCUGAGGGCCGUCCAGGUUAUAAAGGCAACAAGGGGGAGAGAGGAGACUGUGGCACUCCAGGGGAAAAGGGUGACCCCGGCCCAGUGGGACCUCCUGGCCCACGAGGAUCAAAAGGAGAACAGGGUGCGUUAGGACCACCUGGAGAAAUGGGACCUGAGGGCACAGUGGGACCUAAAGGAGACAGAGGGCCCAGCGGUGCCUCUGGACCACCGGGGGACAUUGGUAUUGGAUUCCCAGGAGCCAAGGGUGAAAAAGGCAUUCAGGGAAGACCAGGUCCCACAGGUCCUGUCGGUAUCGGAGAACCAGGACUUGCAGGUCCCCCCGGACCACCUGGAGCACAAGGAAACUCCGGUCCGCCUGGGGAGGGGCUUCCAGGGCCAAAGGGUGAUCGAGGGUACGACGGCCCCAGGGGCAAUCGUGGGCUUCCUGGUGUUGGGGUCAAAGGUGACAAGGGCAAUCUGGGACCACCUGGGAUUGUAGGUCCAAUUGGUGCUCCUGGUUUAGGACUUCAAGGAGAAAAGGGCGAUCAAGGCCCAGUUGGACCUUCAGGCCCGAGAGGAGCUCCAGGUAUUGGAAUAACAGGACCGAAGGGAAACCAGGGACUCCUGGGUGAACCUGGACUGCCAGGUGAGAGAGGUGUGGGAGAACCAGGACCUAAAGGUGACCCGGGGGCUGAGGGUUUAUCAGGUAUACCAGGUCAGCCAGGAGAAGAUGGAGUUCCAGGACAAAAGGGAGACAUUGGGUUACCGGGAGCCAGGGGACCUGACGGAGCUCCUGGUAAAGGCGUCCCUGGAGAGAAGGGAGACAGAGGGGACAGGGGGACCAGAGGCCAGCCCGGUGCAGUCGGUCCUGUGGGGCCAAUGGGGCCAAAGGGGGACCCAGGGAAUGUGGGGCUACCAGGUCUGACUGGACCACCAGGGAGGGGUAUACCUGGCGCCAAGGGAGAACCGGGCCCAAAAGGCCCAGCUGGAGCUGUAGGAGAGCAGGGGAUCGGUAUGACUGGACCAAAGGGUGACAGAGGGUCACCUGGGCCUGCUGGAGCACCUGGAUUUAAAGGUGAAGGCUUCCCUGGCCCCCCAGGACUGCCGGGGCCUCCUGGCUUAUCAGGAGAGACCGGAUCAGAUGGCGUCGGUUUACCUGGACCGAAGGGAGACAGAGGCUUGCCUGGACCUCCUGGACCCGCAGGGCCACCAGGAAUUGCUCUAAUUGGUCCUAAGGGCACAGCUGGCCAAUUGGGGCCUCCUGGUCCACAGGGGUUACCUGGAGAAGGUAUUCAAGGACAAAAGGGGGAGCCUGGAUUUCAGGGGAUCCCUGGCCCCAGAGGUCCUCCUGGACAGGGUCUGCAGGGGGAUAAGGGAGACCGAGGGUUCAGAGGUGAGAAAGGCAAAAAGGGAGACAGAGGUGAAUCUGGAGAGACAGGAGCCAUCGGACCUUUGGGUAGAGUGGGACAAAAGGGAGAGCCUGGACUUACAAGGGAAGAAAUCAUCAAAAUAGUGAGAUCGAUAUGCAGUUGUGGAGUUACAUGCCGCCAAACCCCCUUGGAGCUCGUCUUCGUGAUCGACAGCUCAGAGAGCGUCGGCCCCGACAACUUCAACGUGAUCAAGGACUUUGUGAACGCCCUCAUCGACCGAGCCUCGGUCAGCAGGGACACCACACGGGUGGGUGUGGUCCUCUACAGCCACAUCAACGUGGUUGUGGUCAGCCUCAGACAGGAAGCCACUCGUGACGAGAUCAAGUCUGCAGUGCGUUCCAUGACCUACCUGGGCGAGGGCACGUUCACGGGCAGUGCGAUCCAACAGGCCAACCAGGUGUUCAAGGCAGCACGAGCAGGUGUGAGGAAGGUGGCCAUCAUCAUCACAGACGGACAGGCUGAUAAGAGGGACUCGGUCAGUCUGGAGAGAGUGGUGAAAGAAGCUCAAGGAAGUAACAUCGAGAUGUUUGUGAUCGGGGUGGUGAACGAGAGCGAUCCUCUGUAUGAGGACUUCAAGAAGGAGCUCAACCUCAUGGCCUCUGACCCGGACACUGACAACGUGUACCUGAUUGAUGACUUCAAAACACUUCCAGCUCUUGAGAGGAAACUGCUGAGCCGCAUCUGUGAGGAUGGCGAAAGACAUUUGUUCAGCUCUCUGCCGAGCUCCAGACUGCCUCCGGGAAUCCCUGAAGUCUCCGGCAGUGUUCGGUUACCCCCAUACAAGCCCGACACAGACACACCCACCUUCACAGGAGACUUCAGGAGAGUCCAGAAAGUGCCCGGCCCUCCAGCGCCGCCCGACAGACAACCCAUCACCCUGCAGAGACCCAAGACGGACGACAGAACCACCUCAGAAACUCAGAGGUUUCCAUUCUUCGACAGGGAGCCCUUCAGACCGGUGACGGAGUUCCUCCCUCAGUUUGAGAUCAAGAACCCCACCAACCGCAUGGUGUUGACCGGAGCCAUCGGGCCAGCGGGUCCCUCUCUGAAGUCCCCGCCUCAGGCGAAGAUGCCACCGCUGCCUCCACCGACUCCUCCAUUGCUGUCCUUCGACGCCGAAGCAUCAGAAGAGCGCUGCAACCAAACGCUGGAUCCAGGACCGUGCCGGGACUACAAGGUGAAGUGGUACUACGACGCCACGGCCAAUUCCUGCGCUCAGUUCUGGUUCGGAGGUUGUCAAGGAAACAGCAACCAGUUUGAGACCGAGAAGAGCUGCAGAGAAACCUGCGUCAAGGUCUAACACGCCUGUUGUCACGAACAUACACGUUCGAAAAAAAAAAAAAUGCUCAUAGAACAUUUUUCUCUGACUUUACAUGAGACUUUUCCAUAAAUUUCACUUCAGCUUCAGUACCUUUAGUGUUUUUCUUGUAGCUGCUUUGACAAAGAGGGGAAACAAACAGCGACUGUUAUAGUGUUAACAUUUUCAAAUGUUCAGUAGGCUGAGUAAUAUGAAAAGGUUUUUUUUUUUUUUCUGUUGGCCAGAAGGAUUUGCGUAUUGUGUAUUGUUAUUUGUGUAUUGGAUGAACAGUCAAGCUACAACAGCAGAGAAAACUCUUUCUGUAAUGUUAGUUGCAAACUGUUCUGUUAAAUAAAAACAACUUUUUAACCACUAACCUUUCUUAUUCAGAAAAGUAACCCUUUUGUAUAAUGCAAUGAUGUAUUUUUUUACUUUGUUUUUAAUGUUUAUUAUUGUAUAAUGUCGUUAAAAGAAAAACUAA